AUAUCGCUUACAAACUGCCAUCAGCCGGUUAAUUGUGCUUGAAGGUAAUUCGUCAUGGACGAAGUCUACACCAAAAUCCAAGCCUAUCUGAUGAAGAGGGAUAGAGAAUAUGAGACACUGAGGUUUCUGACUUCUCGAACGACAGCAGCAAAUGUGGCGCAAAUAACAGAUAUUUGUACUUCAAUAAAAACCAUACUAGAUACUGCUAGGAAAAAACAUGACACAGACUCGACCGUCAUACUUGACGAGAGGUCCAUCAAGUCCUUCAAAUUUCUACUACUCAACACCAACUUCAAAGUACAAGAACAUUUUUGCGAUGACGAAGUCAAUGGACAUUUGGUAAAUAUGUGCCCUCCAUUGUCUCCUUAUUUGUUCAUCGAAAUACUUCGGGCCCUUAACUACAACGAAAUAUUAUGCAACUCUUUUCCUCACCUUCCGAUGGAUUUGUGCACCGAAAUACUUGACGUAUUGCACAGAUGCGUGGACACAGAUUUCCAGCGAGCGUUUGACUUUGUCUUGAAAGUGAUCGUUAGCUGCUACAAAAAGCUUCUUUUAGUGACACACCGACACACUCAGGUACUCGAGCCAGAGAUGAGCUUGAAAACAUUUGUUGGAAGCGUCCAAGAACUUCUUUCUCUGCUUGCUGGACUCCAGAUUAAAAACAGCGGAGAAUCGACGCAGCCUGUUAAAUAUAAACGGUGCGGCUGGACACUGAUCAGCCUUCUGGAUGCGAUAAAGGAAUGCCUUACGUGCAGAAAAAUGAAAAAUAUUUCUUCACAAAUGAAUGAAGAGUCAGCAAAGUUAUAUGGAGUGACAUUUGGGCGAAAUUUCACAGCCAGACUUGAUCCGGAUGUUGUAGCAUCGGCUAUAGACGAUCUUACCCAAGAAUUAUUUCACGUGCUACUCGAACAUGUUAAAAAAAUUGACAUGCAUGUUUACUUAGGAUGGGCAGACAUUGACUACGAAGACGAUAGAUCGAUAACAAUGCAGCGCGCAGUUGGACUAGCUUGUUACUAUUUUAUAGAAUAUUUUGAGACUAGCGACGAGGCGCAGAAAUAUAGCAACGUUGUAGAUUGCCUGCGGCAAUUGUCUAGCCAGCCUGACACGCCAUUAUCAAUGAGCCUGCAGGAGCUGAUUGGGAAGGUGGAGCAAGGCGAUAGAGAAUGCUUGAGGAACUUAAUCAAGAGAUUUACAGAAUGGGAUACUGUAGCUAUUUCAUGCCUGGAUAAAAAUAGUGCAUUAAUUGAUAAACAUGAAUGUUUAAGCGUACUUAAUAAUACCAUAGAAUUUCUCAAUAUGACCCCUAAGGACGAGGAACUUUGUACUCAAAUAUACACCGUAGCAAUGAAAAUAUUGCUCGGUCAGAAGAUGGUAGAUAUGGUAGAAAUUGUUGUGGAAUUUAUUCUGGUUCACGACGCAUGUAUAGUACUAGAGUCGGUAAACUUUGCGUCUGACUUACAAAAUUAUGUUAACAAUGGUGGGGCAUUGUGUUCAAACAAUACCUCACUCCGGAUUAUCUUAUUUUUUAUUCUUCAGAAUCCUAGAGAAGUUUUAAAAGUUUUGAUAAAAGCUGCUAUUGGUUGCCUGGAAUACAGGAAUUGCGUUGUAUUGCCAGAAGAUCUCUGUAAUUUGUCACCAAUAAUGAAAAUUCGCGAUGCCGAUCAUUGCUCGAUUUUCUCGACUACCCUAGUGUCAAUUUGCAGUGAAAAUACAGCUUGGAAUAGUAAGAAAUUCAUAGAAUUUGUACACAUCGUAACAGAGAGAAAUCUCAUUUUGGCCGAUGAUCUUCUGAACGACAUAUUUAUCCCAUGUUUGAGAAGAGAAAUCAUUUUUCCAAACAUGAAUUCAAUGCUCGCCAGCAUACGAAACGUGAAGGAUCAACUGACUCCAAAACUGAGGACUGAAGAAUUAAUUUAUGUUUUAGCUGUACAGACAGGUUCCUUGCGUAGAAAUAUUAAUCUCCCAAUAAGCGGCAAAGAAGAAGCACUAAAUUGCCUGACAAGGACAAUUAGGCUCUUCACCGAGGGUCAGGUGAAUUCUCUUGGUAUUAACGGCAGAGAUUCUUCCAUGCAGAAGCUGGAGGCUAUACUACAACCUCUGGACACAAUUUACUUUACUUCGCAAUGGAAAUGGAUACAAAAUAACAUAAUCUCAGGUCAGGUUCUGCAGGAAUAUAAAAUGCGAUGUUAUUGCGUCAUGAACAGGUCAAAAACUAUUGAGAGUUGCAGCACAUGCAUGGAUGAGUUCUUUAUUACACACGGUAUUCAAUGUCGAGAUUUCUUGCAGCAUGUAAUAUUGGAGUGUACAGAAUUCGAGUACCUGAGGUUUGCAAAAGAUGCGAUAAUAAUGAAUUGGAACGACUUUGGAUGGAAGAACGAACUAGAUGCUUAUGCUAAUCUUUCUCUAUCUACGACAAGAGCGUGUAGUCAUUACUUGAUUUCACAUCAUCAGUUAGAAUCUUGGAAAUGUGUAAUUCAGAAGAUAACGUCACUCGUCAAAAGCUUGGGAAAACUUACAUUAUGGCUUAUCAGUAUCGAUCAAAUGAACGACUACGAGUCGGUGCAGAAGAGCCUAGUCACUGCUAUAAGCGUUUUGCAUCUAAAUUCAAUUCUUCCAUCACAUUUAUCCGAAUCGCUUAAAACGAAAAUAAAUAUUCUUGCUCGUACUAAAAUGUACUCAUAUGGACUGAUUAGAAAACUGGUUAAAGCUGUUUGCGAAUUUGGAGAUGAGUGUCUGUGCAGUUAUGAGAGUCAUAUAUCGGAUAAAAAUGCUACAUCAUUAUCCACUUUACGAUUUUGUGUCAAUUGGAAGCUGAUUUCGAUCUGUACAGACUUGCCCAACGCUGAGCAAAGUUUGUUUUUAUCAAAGAUUGAAAAAAAAAUUAUACCCGACAUCACACAGACAUGUUGUUAGUAGAAACGUCACCUCCUGGCGAUCGAACUAAACUACCGUCAACUCCUGCAUUUGUCAUCACAUCCAUUUUCACAUACCAUUCGAUAUUAUUGUUUCCGUCGUAGGGAAAGAAAGAGAACAAAGCUGUGUUAAAGUGUUCGAAGAGCGUAAAAAUUGUUAGAUUGAACACAGGAAAAAAAAAGAAUACUUACCGUCGAUAAUUCAUCUCGUCAUUGUAUGGGAAACCACUAUCAGCUUUCCUUCUUAUCUCACCCCAUUAUCUUGCUUUCCUUUGCCUAACACUCUGAGCUAUUGGUUGUAAAGUAACGUUCGAAGAAUGCUUCGUCUACAGUAUACUUCAAAGCAGGAUAAUUGCCUCGUUACAGCUGCAGCCUGAUGAGAAGAGCCGAUGAAACGCAGAUAAUAUUAAAAGUGCAUAUGUAUAGUCUAAAGUUCGAUUGUGGCUAAACUUAGCUCAUUUCUUGACCUUGAAUGUAGCUGUAUUUAACACAUGUCCAACGAACGAAAUAUUUCCAAUUCAUACCCGCAGCCAGUAGUAUUCGUAACAGCAGAGCUUGUGCAGACAAUUAAUUCUUUUGUAUAAACCGUUCAUGAAACUAGUACAGGUGGUAUGUAAUCAUGAAAUAAUUACUGCUGCCAAAGAAAUUCUAUUCAAUGUUAGAUAUGAUAUUUUCUUUUGCUAUCGGUCAAAUCUCUAGUCAGAUAUGACAGAUCCGUAAAAAUAAAACCAUAACUGAACCAUGUGACGUAUCAUUUUUUACAUGUAUUAUUUGUAAAGUAUUGAGAUUUAAGCACCGUACGCCGUAAUAGGAAAUUCGGGUGGUUACAAGAAAUGUGAAUCAACUGUUGCUUGAAUUUCAUUGUGAAAUUUCCGGAGGAUAUGAGAUUCGAUAAAACGAAAACGAAGAAUUUUUCUGAAAUGUGAAUCGUGUUCGAGAACAUAGGAAAAACAAUUAAAAAAAAUAAAAUAAAAAAUAAUUAUCCCGCAUGCAAACUUUUGAACAA